CAAGUUCUAGAACGUAACAGGAAACGCAGGGUCACUCAUAGCAGUGUGUGACUUGGUUACCGGGAAGGGUAUGUGCAAGCAGAAGUACAUUGAGAAGAUCGUAAUAAAUGUCAAACUGUCGUUUUUAGUGAGUGUGUAAACGGGAUAAUAAUAAGGUCCUAGCAAGUCGUAACAGACAACAAGAGUGGGAAAUAAAUAAACCUACCAAGAAGAACCGGUACAGAACAUUUUUAUUCUGGUUUUAAUACUGUUAUAGUUUUAGUUAUGAAGAACCUUCCACAUUUCUGCAGAGGAGAGGUGGUUAGAGGAUUCGGCAGGGGAAGCAAAGAGCUUGGAAUCCCGACAGCUAACUUCCCAGACUCUGUGGUUGAUCACCUGCCAGCUGAUAUCUGUACUGGAAUUUAUUAUGGCUGGGCCUGUGUUGGCAAUGGAGAUGUGCACAGAAUGGUUAUGAGCAUUGGCUGGAACCCUUACUACAAGAAUAAGAAGAAAUCAAUGGAAACACACAUUAUCCACACAUUCAAAGAAGAUUUUUAUGGAGAAAUCCUCAGUAUCGUGAUUGUGGGGUACAUCCGGCCGGAAAAAAGCUUUGAGACUCUUGAUUCACUUAUUGCAGCUAUACACAGUGACAUUGAAGAGGCGAAGAGGCGGCUAGAUUUACCUGAGCACAGCAAACUGAAGGAAGACAUCUUUUUCAGGACGACAGUCGACCAAAUAAUGAACGGCCAUUCUUCAUUGUGAUACUGUAAUCCCUUCACAGCAUGUUACUCUCUGGUCUCUGGCAUUAUCAAGCGUGCUUUUAUCUGUAUUGUUGUCUAAUGUAAAACCUGUUCUCUCUGUGUGAAAGGCUAGUUCGUUGCUAUAUGCAACUGUUGUUAUGGACCAUUAUCUUCAACCCUAGUCUUGUGUGUGUAUAUUUUAAUGUUUUGUAAGAUUUAAACUAUACAUUGGCCCAAGCACAAACUGUUUAAAUUUGUCUUUUAAAAAACAAAACACAACAAAAAAAGUGUCUUGUUUGAAGCAAGAUUAACCUCUUGGCUAUACACAAGAGGAAGAAUAGGAACUUUCAGGGUAUCUUAGUAUGGCAUGAGCUAGUUUUGGUUACGCUGUUGACUCCACUAGCUCCUGCCUUUACAGAUAUCUGCCUGGCUGUAAUACCAUCAUCCUGGUAUCAUUAACAUGGUUUUGGACAAAGUUAUUAGUACCUUGUAGAAGUUGCAAUUUUAUCCUUAUAAAAAAAAAAAAAAAAAAUUAUAUAUAAUGCUGCUUAAAACUAACCAUUUUUCUGUUUUUCUAGAUACAAACUAUUAAAGUGAAAAUGUCUUUCAACACCGCA